GUUCGGGGUAUAGAGGUUUCUUCAAAGUUCUUUUCGUUUUUGAAAAAGGGGGAUAAUUUUGUUUUUUUUUGGGGGGGGGUGAAGUUUGCGUGGUUGGGGUGUGGAUUUUUUCAAUUUUUUUUGUGAAUGUCCUGCUCUGUCGUGGGUCAAAGUUUUGGGUCUGUUUUGUUGUUGUCUCGUUGCUCGUGCUUUGGUUCGUGGUGGUGUUGUGGGGAAUGGAAGAGGUUCUGGUACGCAGAUGGUCAGCCGGGGGAGCAGCACUAACUGCAAGACAGGCGUUAGCAGCAGCAAACGCCGCAGCUAGGGAACAGGCAGCAGCGGCAGCCAGCGCAACAGCAAUGGCUGCCGCCACAACAUCCUCUGCGGCAUCCUCGUCUGGGACUCAGUUGGGGAUGCCCCAUGGGCCCACGGGUACUUCCGGAUCACAAGCACAAAUUGUCACUGACGCGGUGCUCAGAUUGGACCUGCGAAGGUACAAGUCUGUCAAAGAGCUGACGUCUACCGUAGAGAACCUCAUUGUCGUUCCCGGCAUAUGCUACGAUGACCAGGUCUUAUUCACCAUGUUUCUGAGAUGUCUGUCGGAGAACCUCAGGACCUUACUGGCCAGUGAGGCUCGCCUCGAGUAUCAUUCCUUUGAGACCUUCUCUAAAAAGGCCUUAGACUUAGAGGCUACUCUAGGAAGUGCUCAACCUACUCCAGUAGACGGGAGGAAGAAGAAGAGUCCACAGGAAUGGAAAAAGGAGGGUAGUAGAUUGAUGAUGGUUGAGUCCGAUGGGACUCAAACUGAAAUCGAGGAACUCACCGACCUGAUGGACGACUCAGAGUACGACGACGAGGAAAUCGCUGAGGGUAGCACCCUUGCCGCAUUAGUCAAGACGCUGAAGUGGAUAAAGACACAACCUGUUCUCUCCGAUGCCCUCAAGCGAUGGAUUGAAGUCAUAGAGCAAUAUGACUUCAAAAUCGAUUACUUGAAGGGGGAGUAUAGCAAGGUUGCUGACGCAUUGUCUUGUAGGGCAGAUUACCUUGGGGCUUUAGUCACUGAAUUCAACAUUUCUGACGAUGUGACUCGAUCACUGGAGGAAGCCUAUCGGGAAGACCCUGUCACGAUGGACAUCAUUCGCAAACUGCAGGCCAAAGACAAGGGCACAAAAGAAGAGUUUGUGAUGGUGGAUGGGUUGCUCUUUCUGAGAAAGGCUGGGAUUGAAAGAUUAGUUGUUUCAUCUAGGGAGAAUUUGCGCAGUUUAUUUUUAGGUGAAUGCCAUCAUGCAAUCGGACAUUUCGGCUACAAAAAGACCAGUGUCAAUUUAGUACAGCGAUUUUGGUGGCUCGGUAUGCUAGAUGAUGCAAAGAAGUAUGUGCAGAUCUGCCAGGUCUGUCAGCAGGAUAAACCGCGAACUCAAGCACCGCGUAGGUUGCUGAAGCCCUUGCCCAUUCCCGCUGGUCCGGGACUGAGUGUUUCCAUGGAUUUCAUGGACACCUUGGUAACCAGCAGGAGUGGCAAGAGGCACAUCUUUGUCAUCAUAGAUAGAUUCACCAAGUACGCUAGACUGAUUGCCAUGCCGGAGACUACGAGGACUGAGCACGUCAUCAAGUUGUUUAUGGACAACUGGGUGCGUGAUUUUGGAUUGCCAAAUUCAAUCGUUAGUGACAGAGUUGUCCGCUUCACAAGUGAGUUGUGGAAGAAGACUGCUGAGCAAAUGGGAAGUCAACUUCAGAUGACUUCUGGGAAUCAUCCCGAAGCCAACGGACAGGCCGAACAGAUGAACAGAGUUGUGCAACAUCUGCUGAGGCAUUACAUUAAGCCCAACCAGGAUGACUGGGAUGAGAAAUUGCCUCUCAUCGCCAGCCUGUACAACAACAUUGUGCACAACACAACCGGCGUUAGUCCUAAUCAGCUGCACUUGGGAUGGAAGCCUAGAUCCGCUCUAGACUUCCUCCUGCCUGAAAUACGGGGUGCAGUAUGAGAAGUUGCCACAGCAAGCUGUCGAGCACAUCAAGAAAUUUCAGGAAACAAUGAUUGCCUCUGAGAACAAACAUCGUCGACCGUU